AUCGUUGGCCUCCCGCCACCCCCAACGCACCAGCUCCUUCCUCGCCUUCAAAACCCUAACGAAUUUGUUCGUUUCCCCCACAUUCAGCCUCUUCGUUUCUUGAUAAUGAACGAAUAAAUAAAGGGAUCGAAUUUUCAAAAAUGCUGAAUGUCCGUUUGAGAACGGCACAAGAUGCAGGAGGUGAGAGGGACCUGGAGAAGGGGCUGCUGGAGCCCUCAACGCCGGGAACUCGAUCGGAGCCGCCGAUGUCACCGCACACAUCGAGGCUGGCGCCGUUUUUGUCCAAUUCCAGCAAGUCUCUGCUGGUUUCGAAUUCUAGCAAGUCUCUGCUGGUUUCGAAUUCCGGCAAGUCUCUGAUGGUUUCUAAUUCCAGCAAGUCUCUGGUUAUGUCGAAUUCCGGCCAGCGCUUGGAUCAGAAGAAGAAGUACGUGCGGCAGGUGACCGGCCGCUUCAAUGACACGGAGCUCCACCUGGCGGCGAAGCGGGGCGACGUCGCCGCCGUGAAGCAUAUCAUCGGCGAGAUUGAUGCACAGAUGAUGGGGACCACGAGUGGGGCUGAUUUUGAUGCGGAGGUGGCUGAGAUUAGGUCUGCGGUUGUGAAUGAGGUCAAUGAGUUGGGAGAGACGCCGCUUCUCGCCGCCGCCGAGAAGGGGCACCUUGGUGUGGUGAAGGAGCUCUUGCCUUUCACCACCGAUGAGGGGAUUUACAUGAAGAAUAGGAUCGGCUACAAUCCAUUGCAUAUUGCUGCUAGUCAAGGGCACCAUGCCAUUAUCCAGGUCCUGUUAGACCAUGAACCAGGACUUAGCAAAACACUUGGCCCGUCAAAUGCAACAGCUCUUGUGGCUGCAGCUACGAGAGGGCAUACAGAUGUGGUUAAGGAGUUAAUGAAUCAUGAUCCUAGCUUGGUAGAAAUUUCUAAAUCCAAUGGUAAGAAUGCAUUGCAUUUUGCGGCACGGCAGGGCCAUGUAGAUAUUGUGAAAGCUUUACUUGACAAGGAUCCACAACUAGUAAGAAGAAUUGACAAGAAAGGACAGACUGCUUUGCAUAUGGCCGUAAAAGGUCAUAGCUGUGAGGUGGUGAAGUUGCUACUUGACGCAGAUUCAGCUCUUGUCAUGCUCCCAGACAAGUUCGGUAAUUUACCAUUACAUGUGGCCACGAGGAAGAAGAGAACAGAGAUAGUAAAUGAGUUGUUAGCCCUUCGUGACACAAAUGUGAAUGCUUUAACAAGAGAACAGAAAACACCCCUUGAUAUAGUUGAAGCACUUCCUCUCUCUGAAGAAUCCACGGCAAUUAAGGAAAGCUUAACUGAGUAUGGUGGUCUCCGAGCCCAGGACCUUAACCGGCCAAGAGAUGAGCUUAGAAACACAGUGUCAGCUAUAAAAAAAGAUGUCCACACUCAGCUGGAUCAAGCCCGCAAGACCAGUCGGAGUGUUACUGGAAUUGCCAAGGAGAUCCGUAGGCUACAAAGGGAAGGAGUCAAUAUUGCAACUAACUCUGUCACAGUGGUUGCAUCGCUCAUCGCAACAAUAGCAUUUGCAGCUAUAUUUACUGUACCUGGUGGUGAUUUAGAUUCUGGGAAGUCUGUGACGGUUUCAACUACAUCGUUCAAGAUGUUUUAUUUUUUUAAUGCUAUUUCACUCUUCGUAGCAUUGGCUGUUGUCGUGGUACAGAUCACCCUUAUUCGGGGGGAGACGAAGACUGAGAGGAGGGUUAUAACAGUGAUUAAUAAGGCGAUGUGGUUGGCCUCUAUGACCACUACAGUAGCAUUUAUUUCUGCAGCAUAUAUAGUGGUUGGUCGACAUAAUCGGUGGGCCGCAAUCUUUAUCACAGUUAUAGGAGGGAUUAUAAUUUCAGCCGUUCUUUGUAUCAUGACAUAUUUUGUGAUAAAGUCCAAAAAGAUUCGUAGAUUGAGAAAGAGAGAGAAGCUUCUUACAAGGACUGGAUCCUCCUUGCACUCAGACUCCGGUUCAGAAGUGAAUCGUGUUAUGGCCCUUUAAUAGAUUUGUUCUUUCGAACUAGCCUGUGGUUCAAUGUCUGACUUUUAUACAUGAAGAAGAAAACCAAAAUGGGAGCACUUGGGUCAUUUGAGGUUCUUAUCUAUGGAAAAUUCUAGUGUGCUGGUAUGUAUCCCAUACCCACACUUACAAAGUGAGAACAAAUUUGUUCUCAAAAUUGGAAUUUGAGUCCUACUUUGUGUAAUCUUUGUUCUAAUAAUGAUAAUUACACUUCUUACGACACUUUUACAAGUUUUGAACAAAUUCGUUGUCAAUGUUGUAAUUUUUGUUCUCAAUGUUGUAAAUAGUGUAAAUGAA